AUGGAACAUUCGACCAUUGAUACACCAUCUGAAGAUCUCUUGGCCGAUUUAUCAAAAAAAUCGACUAUCAUCACUAGACCAUUGAUUGACUAUGACGAAUCUUUGCCCCAUAGGAGAACUCUUGGAUUGUACUCAACUUGCGUGUUGUUUAUUGGAAGGAUGUUGGGGUCGGGAAUUUUUGGCACACCUGGCUUGAUAUUGAAAGACUCCCAAGGCUCUUAUACCCUAUACCUUUUUUCUUGGAUAAUAGGAGGAAUACUUGCGUAUACUGGUUUGAACCUGUAUCUUGAGUUUGGUUCGUAUCUUCCGGUAAAUGGGGCCACAAAAAGGUUUCUGGAAUACAGCUUUCCCCGGCCUAAAUUCUUUACAACGAUUGUAUACGGGUCAUUUGCGAUAUUAUUUUCUAUCAGCUCUGCAAAUGCUCUAUUAUUUGGAGAGUAUUUCCGAUACUCCCUCGGAUUCUCACCUAAUGAGUUUUGGACUACACUAACUGCAAGUGCCUUAAUCUUAGGCUGCGGAUUGCUCCAUUUUUUCAAUCGCGAAGUGGCCUUGCGGGUUCAAGGUUGCCUUGCAUUUUGCAAAAUGCUUUUGUGGAUAACGAUACUGAUGACUUGUUUCUAUGUUCUGUUCACUCCAAGGAGCUAUACACAUUUGCCGAAUAACAUCAGCCGUGUCCAAUUUAGAUUACCCGAAAAAGUUCAAUUUUUCAGUUCCUCAUAUUCGACCGCAUUACUGAAAUGUAUCCACACAUUUGGUGGAUGGACCACAGCUCACACAGUCCAAAACGAAAUCAAAAACCCGAUUGAUACUCUCAAACUGGCAGGGAGAAUCUCAAUAUUACUCACGGCCCUAAUCUAUGCAUUUUUGAAUAUUAGCUAUUUGAUGAUUUUGACACCAGAGGAGCUCAUAAAGUACGGACAGUUAGCUGGAGCGUUGUUCUUCAACAAAAUAUACGGAGAGAAGAUUGCUUCACAAUUCAUCAACCUACUGGUAUCUCUUAACUCGGCAACAAAUGUUCUCAUAGCGGUCUAUUCGAGUGCGAUAAUGAACCAAGAAAUAUUCAGACAAGGGUUUCUUCCAUUGAGUGAGGUCCUUUGCACAAAUGCUCCCAAGGGAACUCCCUCGUUUGGUAUACUAAUCCAUUGCUGCUUGAGUAUUGUUGUCCUCCUCAUUCCAAGCACUUCACUUUACAAUUUGAUCAUUUCAUCGCAAUACUAUCCUAAUCAACUCUUCCACGCAAUUCUGUGCCUGGCAUUAUUGUUCAAAGUCAGAAAAAGAUUUUCCAAUAUCCAUGCUCCAAUUCGCGCCAAUACGAUCUCGGUUUACGUUUGUCUGCUUGGAUCAGUAUCAGUCGUCAUAAGUCCCUUCUUAUCAGGAAGGUACAAUUUUACGCUAUACAGCUAUGGUUUUCUAGGAUUAGCCAGUGUUUAUUGGGCUUUGACAACGCAAUUGUUACCCAAUUUAUUUGGCUAUAAAUACAAGGUGGUGCCUAUGAAAAAAGCAGACGGACUUAUAUAUUUCAAGUGGAUAAAAACUUGA